AUCAGUUCAAAUUUAAUCAGACGGUCAGUUCUAUAGUAUUGUUCGAUCAUAUAAUGUCUCAUCAGUACGGCGGAGAGCAGCCCUACGGCGGUGGCCGGAGAGACGAGUGGGGCAACCCGAUCGGGCUAACCGAUGAGUGGGGGAACCCGGUGCACCAAAGGGAUGAGUACGGCAACCCUGUCGUCCACCACGGCACCGGGGGACAGUCACAGUAUUAUGCAAACACUACUGCGCCGACGGGGCCGGUGGGUGGGAUGGCCGGUAACUACGGCGGUGCCGGUCAGCACCAUGGUACCAUUGGGGGCAUGCUCCACCGCUCUGGGAGCUCCAGCUCCAGUUCUUCAGAGGAUGAUGGGUACGGUGGGAGGAGGAAGAAGGGACUGAAGGACAAGAUAAAGGAAAAGCUGCCGCCGAGUAUUGGAGGUCAAAAACAUGACUAUUAUGAUCCAUCUACUGGUGCAACCACCGCCACUACCGGCGGCGCUGCUGGUUAUGGCUAUGAAGAGCACCACCAGAAGAAGGGUAUCAUGGACAAGAUCAAGGAGAAGCUACCUGGCGGCUGCACUGGCGGUGGUGCCGGCGGCCAUCAUUAGAUCUGCCUCCGAUAUUCCAGUAUACUUAUUAUUGUACUGUAUUAAAUAAAUUGAAUAAGCCGGUUAUGCGGCGCUGUUUGUAUACAAGUCAUGAUGAUAUAUACAGAAAAUAAAUUAAUUAGUAAUACAUGUAAUUAGGACAUAGUCAAUCUGUUGUGUUACUUCUUCGAGCUGGGACUGUAGUACUUAAUAAAUAAAUACUUAGUUAAAUUAACGUGUUAUCUUCCA